AUGGUCGCAGACAGCAGGAACGCGGAUGAUGAUAGUGACGACGACGACGACGAUGAUGAUGAUGAUGAUGAUGAUGGUGGUGGUGGUGGUGGUGGUGGUGAUGAUGAUGAUGAUGAUGAUGAUGAUGAUGAUGAUGAUGAUGAUGAUGAUGAUGAUGAUGAUGAUGAUGAUGAUGAUGAUGAUGAUGAUGAUGAUGAUGAUGAUGAUGAUGAUGCUGAUGAUGAUGAUGAUGAUGAUGAUGAUGAUGAUGAUGAUGAUGAUGAUGGGCCGGACCAAAGCCCGCGUCAAUACGCGUAAAUUACAUCUCGUCACCCCGUCGGGAUUGCCUGCGUUUAUUUCCGUUUGUCCGUAAUAAGUUUCUAUGUUGUUCGAGGGCUUACGACGGACGCUUUGGGGAGUCGUCUAGCCAUGUCUGAUUUACGGCGCUGGCCAAUGGCACCGGAAUUUGAGCAGUUUGGAAAGUCAGGGCAUACAAGGCAAAACGCCCGAUUCCAGCCUUUCCGUCUUCCUCUGGGCCGAUGGCGUUUUCAAAUCUUGCGGAGGCUGGAACCUGUCUGUGAGAGACAGUACUGACUGUAAAAUACGCACGGCUCUAAUCGAAAAAAAAUAUAUAUAUAUAUUGGACAAAUUCCAUAAUGCCUCUUAGGGGGUAGGCUGUCAAACUCUCCUGUCAGCUGUCGCGUCACCACCACUCGCCGAGAUGCUUGCUUAGCCCCCUGCGCUGUCGCGCUAUUAAGAGGCUUACGCUGGCGUCUUCACAACUCGAGCAGUGUUGACACUUUUGUCCAUCGAGUCUCCCUGUUUGGCUGUCGCAUUCCCGAUCAGGGAUAGGGAGUGUCAGCUCUGUGAGAUAGACAAAGCUUUUUAUCCUAAAUAUAUCUCUAACAAGUUUCAUGGUGUCUGCGGCUGUCCAAUGGAUGGAGAAAAGUACUUGUUGUUUUUGGUCAAUGCGCUCUCCGCAAUUUGAUGCGCACUUUCCACUAUGGUUGACGAUAGUUUAACUGAAAAGAGCCGCCACCCGAAUAUUUAAAGUGCACUUUUCGGCGCAACUCUACUUCCUGCAUCUGCCGCCUAGUGCACUGUGGUUAUUCGGCGCAGGAACGAUUACGCACCGAUGACGCGGUCUGUGGAGAUCCACCGAUUGGAGCCUGACCCUAUUUGAUGAUGCGUUCGCGCGGGGAUCCGAAACAUCAGGCAAACAAAGUUCUCAUUCUGGUGGGGCUCAGAGCUAAACACAAGCUGUCACAUCACAGCACCACCGAGGCAACACACUUUCCUUCAUUUGCAGCAGACGCAAUGUGUGUAAGAGAAUACGGUGGAUUCCGGCCAAUCAGUGCGCAGGGGACUAGAACAUUCUGAACCAAUUAAAGGGGUUGACUCAGUUAUCCGGCGUUACAAUGUUAAGGUUUUCCUUAACAUCCGAUUGCUCGCCUUUCUGUUUCUAUUUUUUACCAUGUUCCCCUGCGUCUUUCGGGCGGUGGCCAUUCCCUCGCUGCACGCAUCUUUUCACCUUAAAUUCGCGGUGACGGGUGCUUCACUGUCGGACGCUUAUUUCACUCAGCAGGGUGUUGGCUUCAGCUAAUGUCACAUCAUCUCACAGCAUUCUGGUUGUGUGCGAGUGAGUAACGUGUAUCGGUCACCACGCCCGUCCCAGUCAGAAAACACUGAAUGAAUAAUGGGCGCGAAAGUUACCGCUCCCGCUUACUCUCCUCAGAGGCCGCUGUCGUCGGCGUCCUACCAACCUCUGUUCUAGCCACCAUAGGCUGUCAGACUCUCCCGGCAGAUGUUGCGCCACUACCACUCGCCGACAUGUUCGCUUAGCCUUUUGCGCCGUCACGCCGGCAGCAAACUUGCACUGGUCGCCAUAAUGAACCUCCGACCAGCAGAUUAUGGUUACUCCGCAUUUUUGACGUGUAAGAAUCAGCCGCAUGUCUUGUGUUCUUUGUCAUUUGUCAUUUGUUCCGAGUGCUCCGCUAACUAAUUUUACCCAUGACCGAACUAACUUGAUUCUACUGUACCUCUCAUCAUCAAUCUGCCAUCGUCCGUGUGGCUGAUUACUUCUCAUCACUGCGGAUACGACGUUAACUCAUUACAGAAUGUCGUAACUUCUGUUCAGUGACUGCCUGAGGUGGUAGUGACACCUGAUCAAUGGGUGUCCGUCCCAGUCAAACUUCCUUCGUUCGUGCUACCCCAGGAAUGAGUAGAUCCCACUCGUCCAAAGCUGCAACUGAACUCCUAGUUGUGCAGAAUUGCCUUAGAUAUCCGUCUGACUUUGUUUUCGAAAACAUAGUUUACUGGCGCCAGAUGUACUUUUAAGGGAUCAAAUUGUCUUUCCAGAAUUUUCUGAGAACUAAUUUUGUGUCCAAUCGACUUGGCUCGGGGGCAAACGAAGGCCAUGUAUGGUGUGGAAAAGAGCCUGCGAAUUUUAAAUUAUGUCUCUCGGCGCAGACGAUUCGGGCGGAAAUUUUCAGGUAUCUCCAUUAAGGGCCUCGCUGUAUGCAGCGCCAUCUCCGCGUUUGUGACUUCACUUGGGAGCUCUACGUAAUUUUGGAGGAUAAGCUUGUAAGCAAUGAAGGGGAAGGAGUGUCAAGUAUACCCUUUUUAUGUAGUAUCUGCUCGCUUCCACACGAAUCGCUUUCAACUGGCCCCAGCCCUGUGCGCUCCGAAGAUUUGCUUGCAUCAUCUUGAUCUCGUCAUGAGCUCCAAAGAUCUCCUGGUCUGAUAUCUUGUCUUCCUGAUCCGAGGUGAGCAGCGGACAACACUUCCUGAUGCGGAGGACGGACUACUUGGGAACUGGAUUGCCUCGUGCUAGUAACUUACGUCGUCUGCUCGAGUGUUGAGCAGCUCAACACUAUCUCUCUCUCUGUGUCUCUUCUCCCUCCCCUACCUUUCUCUCUCCCUCUAGUGAUAUGAAUAGCGAGUUAGGAUAACACUAUUAGUCUUCUGUCCGAUUAACUUUCUGCAGCCCGAAGAACCCUUCGCUUCUCAUCCAAUGAAAUUUGCAGGUUCCCUAGGGCAUGCUCCACAAACAACCAGAUCCCCUCCUGAUCGCCAUGUCUGUUCGGAACACUUUGGUCACCCUCUCGCUCACUGAGACAACUUCCUUGGCGUGCUGCACUGUUGAAAGUCUACCGGCUUGUCUGAAACUGUGGCUUCGCUGGGUGCAGCUUCAUCUCGGCGUUUGCGACUUCUCUUGGGAGUUUUGCGUAAUCUUGGAGGAUAAGUUUGUAGGCAAUGUUGGUGGAGGAGAGUCAAGUAUACCCCUCUUUCGUGUAAAAUCUGUCCACUUCCACAUUAAUCGUUUACAGUUGGACCCACCCACGUGCGCACCGCUCCAAAGACGCUUUGUGAGACAUUCUUGGAUCCUGUUGAUUUCGUCAUGAACUCCAACGAUCUCCUGGCCUGAGAUCAAAUUAUUUCGCUAGUAGUUCUUCUGUCUUCCUGGUCCGAGGUGACUAGCCGAGAACACGCCUUCAAAGUUGUUCCUCCUAUUCACACGCGAGCAUUUAUCCGCCCUGAUGCGGAAGUCGGACUACUUGGCCGGUGGGGACUGGAUUGCCUCAUGUCAAUAACUAACGUCGUCUGCUCGAUUGUUGAACAGCUCAACACUCUGUCUCUCCCUCCCCCUCUAUCUCCCUCCCUCUUUCUGUUUCUUCUCCCGCCUAUCUCCCUCUGAUGAUGUGGAUAACGAGUUAGGAGAACACUAUUAGUCUUCUGUCGGAUUAACCUUCUGCAGCCCGGAGAACCCAUCACUACUUAUCCAAUGAAAUUUGCAGGUUCCAUAGGGCUUGCUCCGCAAACACCCAGAUCCCCUCCUGAUUGCCAUGUGUCUGUUAGGCGCUUGUUUGCUCGGAACAUUUUGGUCAUCCUCUCGCUCACUGAGACAACUUCCUUGACGUGCUGCACUGUUGAAAGUCCAUCGGCUCGUCUGAAACUGUGGUACGACGACUGUCUGCGACUGACCGCCUUGGACUGCACAUUGAGGUCUACGUAGAGGCUUGGCGUUUAAAAAAACUUUUGAGAGAGAGAGAGAGAGCGAGCCAUAGUUCUUAAUCAUUAAAUUGCCAUUCCUGUGACUGUGACUUUUUUCAACUAGUGUGCGUUUCUCGCAUCCAACUACUGUGCCACGCCUGGUGUUCGGCGGAGGGGUGAGGCGUCGGUUCCGUUUGGUCGGCCUCUGGUCCCAACCCCAUCACCAGCCGCGCAGUGCCAAUCAUGCCUCUGAAACACGAUGUGGGCGGGAGGGGAGAGUGCGUGAGCCCCGCGUCACUCCUCGUUGUAGUGGCCUUUCAGACCGCCUACUGACAGGCCAACGACCAACCAGCAAUGUCUCCCUCAUAAUGUGACCCUAUGACAACAUUCACCGCAGGAAUGUCCGGAGGGGGAGGGGUUGGUCUGGUUCAUAUGAAUCGAAGAUCCCACGUGCGUGAGGAGCGUAGAGGCGCCUUAAGUCUGACCGACCACUUUCCCUAUCAUAUUCUCCAGUCUUCUUGGCCUCUUCUUACCAUUAGCGUUUGACGGGUCCGGGAAGAGCGAGUGAGAUAGGCGCUUUGAAAGUCCCCCACUAGUUGCCUAUCUCAAGCGCUAGUUCUCAUUAUCCCACCGAAACAGUAGCAGUCGUUAACUAGUCCUCUUCACCGUCCCUCCCUAGGAUUAUGUUCAUCGCUGCCUCCAACGCUGUGGUGAGGGCCUGGUCGACGCUGGCAGACUCCAAUCGGUCACGUGUGUUGUCCCUUUACAGACGAAUUCUCCGGCUGGCUCAAAAAUGGUCCUCUGCCGACGGUGACCCUGUGAAAACUGCGCAGGAACGCGAUUACAUUCGAGAAGAGGCGCGUCGUCUCUUUCGGCGCAAUGCUCGGGUCACCGACCCCGCGGAAAUUAAUGUGAGUUCUGUGACCUCACAGUCACCAAUUUUCUCUCUGUCACUUGUAUAUGGGCGCAACGAAUUACUAUAACAACAAAGGGCUUGUGUUAACAGUUAUUCCAGGAAAUUUGGAAAAUAGGAAAUAUGAUGAAGACAGAAGGCUCGUCAGAAAAAAUCGAGUUGUACUCGUGAAUUUUCGAGCUGGUGACACCAACCCGUCGUCAGAAAACAGGAAAUAUAUAAGCCCGAAACAGCACUGUUUCAAUCUACCCUCGUUAUCUGUCAUCCCUUUUCGCUGCUAUUAUGACUUUGCCGACUUCGGUUUGGUAGUUGGUUGGCUGUUUGUGACCUUUGCUACUCAUGCGAAGCUUGUUUGUUUCGUGAAGACAAUAGAUCGGUGUGCGCCCAUUUCUGAUUGAACAAAUACCCGAUCUGCAGCGACAGUGAAUGACAGGUGGCGAGGCACUGAUGAACUUCAGUUCGAUGAAGUGCUUAUGACCCAUCUGGUAGACCCCAGUGGUGGACCGACUGCGCCAGGUGCCGCUGUGCGCAUGUUUGUGUUUCUGUUCUCAGCUUGUGGUCAGCGUUCUGAUUGGGUGAAUGAAGGUAAAAUAAACCGAAAACGGUUCUGUAUCAAUUUACCCGCAUUCUCUGUCACCCCGCCUCCGGCUGCAUUCCUAAUCUAUACUCUGUAAAAAAUGACCACCUAAGUAGCAUGGAAUUUUCCCAUUGAUUUUCCAUGCCCUCAAAAAUUCGAUUUUUUUUCAUGAAAAAAAAUGCAUAAAAAUAUUCAUUCUUUCGCUCAUUCCGUAGAAAAUUACACCUUCUGUCAAUUUUAUACUCGAAGGAAUGGUAUAAUUAAGUAUUCAAAUACUCUUCCAGUUCGCGAAUAAUUUUGAACCCGACCUACCGUUGCACUUGCAUUCAGGGUUUACAAACUACAAGCGGUAUAUUUUCCGCGUACGGAAAACCAGACAUUUCUUUACGGUAUUAAGAGGAAACUGUAUUGGGUUCAUAAAAUUUAGCAGUGGAUUUGAGCCAUAUUGCUAACUUUACCCGUUACAUUGGUAAAUGCAGAGAAAUGACGUUUUAUGGUACACGAUGAUUAGUUUUACAACCCUACUCACUUAAUCUUUUCGAAACGAAAAUGCAUUUCGGAAUUUCGGUUGACAUUUCUGGAGUUAGCCCUCCUACUAUAGUUCGGCAAGGCCGCAGUAAGAAAAACCAGGUGAUCGUAGGAUAUUGCGUCCUCGCCUGUUUUUUUUUUAUAUUUGACGCUUCCGCGUUCUCUUGGCUACAUGGGACGUUAUAUUCCUAAUCGAAAACCGGCAGGAUGACGAGUCCGUGGCUCAGCAGUUAGAGGCGUUCGACUUCUAACUAACAGGUCGCGAGUUCGAGCCUCGGGUGUGUCACACUUCGGGGUUGGGUAUUAUUGGCUUAACACGGCUAAUAAACCAAAAAUGACCAUUCCAGUCUCCCUUAUCUUUGUCGGUAAUAUCAUUCUGCCUAUAUAUCAUGCGCCGCUGUGCGGCUGCUGGUUAGGCUCGAGAGAGAGAGUCCAUAAGGCACAACGGAACGAGUGAGUUGCGUAUGAACGAUCUGUGAGCGCCCCCCUACCACUGUUAUGUACUUCGUUUAUUAAAACAAGCUUGGGGAACUGCAAAAUAUGCCGAACUUUUACUUUCAUUGUCAGAUAUCUUGUUAAACUCAUCAUUUUUCAGGGAUCGGGUUCCGCGCCCUCAUUUCUACCGUUUAGCCAUGUCUGGUCCUGAUGCUGCCCAAAAAAAACCAAUAAUUUGUUAAACGGCGCUAAAGAACGCGCUGAAUAGUAGUAUGGUAUCACCUUACCCUGAAGUAUACUACUAGCUGCCUGUCGACAGUUAAUGGAUAUUACGCGGUUACCCGGCUGCGGCUGAUGGACUUUGGCCCAGCUAUUCAUACAUAAAAUUCUCGGUCUGUGCCUGUAGACCUUGAAUAAGCUGAUCUACUCCAACUUCGUAGAUACUUUCUGAGGAAAUUAAAAAGCGAAAAUUUCUUAAUUGCAGUAUCUGCCAGAAAACACACGGGGAACGCUGGGAGACCCACUGACGAGCCGAACCCCUCUCAGCUGCGCCAUGCAGCGGCAAAACAUCGGCGGAACACGCGUGUAUGGGCUUUUGGAUAGCACCUGUGCUGUUAGUAUGGUAUCACCUUACCCUAAAGCACCUUAUUGGCAUUAAGGGGCCUGUCUUCCGAACCAGCUAUCUUCCUGUCCUGCAUUCCUUUCUGGUCAUAGCAGCGACAGUCCGGCCAUCGCUGCCGUCAGUGUCCAUCGUGGGGUGCACGACGGGGUGAAGACAGGGAUGGUGGCUUGCGCGUGAAUUAGUUUGUAUUGAUAAUAGACUUGCGCAGCAUCUACCGCACUCUCUCCUCCCCCCAACCUGCAUUCGGUGUCAUAACCGGAGGCUGGAGGGGAAGCAGGUGCCUGACACAGCAAAACUCGCAUCCCACUUGUCACGAUCUGAGCCUGCCACUAGACCUGAGCCACACCCCAAGUUUGGAGUUUGCAACGGGUGCUCAUCCCGGACUCCCAUCUGGCCCUAUGUGUUGCACCGCUGUGUCUAUCGCAUGGCCCGUCUUAGGGACGCAUACACACGUUGCUAGGCCGCAUUUGAACUCCAUAUCACACAUCACACCCGACAAGCAUGUGAUCCGCAUCGCCGUUGACUCAACAUUGCAUUUCAGAACGCAUGCACAUCUCGCACAACCGGGAAGCAUCUUUCUCGAUGUCUCCUGGGACAUCAGUUGAAGAUCAGGCUGUGUGCGGUCUGUCUAGCUCUGCUCAUUAGCCGUUGUCUUACCGUUGUUGAACAUUCGUAUAUAUGCAUAUGGGCAGAAUGACAUUAUUGUCAAAGACAAGGAAGACUGGAAUGGCCAUUUCUGGCCUAUUGGUCGUCAGCCAGUCAUACCCAAUCCCGAGAUGUGCAACACCUGCUCCUAGGUUCUGCGACCUGUUGGCUUGAAGCCAAACGUCUCUAACCACUGAGCCACGGGCCCGUUGUCCUGCCGGUUACGACAGGGAAUAGGCAAUGGUAGAGGGGCAGUCAACCCCAUCACCUGCGGAUUGACAGACUCGGACAGUCGACUAGUGCAUGGAAGACGGGAGAGAGAGAGAGAGAUGCGCUGACGCUGGGACAUCCAUCCCCACGGCAAGUCAGUGCAUUCCUAUCUAUAAUGAAUCUGACUCGCUAAAAGUCGUGACUUUCAAGGGGGCUGUCUGAUGGGAUGGCUCUGUAUUGUGUGUAUUUGGGGUGGCUGGCUCGAGAUCUGAGAGUCGGGCUCCAUGAGGUUCCGUGAAUGAUUCCGUUAGAUCCGUUGAAUCCGAGCUAUCCCUUCUUUCUGUGAAGACCAGGCCCGCUGUCCUGAGACCAAAUUGCGCUUGUGUGUGGCACGCGUAGACGAGCUGUUGAGCCUUGUCAUCAACUGCACCCACGCCCGAGAUCUGAGAGUCAGGCUCCAUGAGAUCCCGUGAAUGCUUCCGUUAUUGCAUUGUUUCGAACGCUGCAUCCGAGCCGCCCCUCCUUUCUGUGAAAACCCGGUCCGCUGCUCUUGGACUAAAUUGUGUGCGUGUGUAGCCUACCUCCGGUAAUCUAAACGUCUUCUUGUCUCUAUAACAUAUUGGGCAGGAGAGGUGAGAGCGCGGUGGAUGCUUCGCAAGGCCGUCUCACAAUAAACUUAUCCGCACGCUAGUUACCAGUGCUUCGCCCAUCCCUUGUGACACGAUGGACGUCGCCGUUCGCUACGGUCGCAUAUUCGACAUCCCCGAUUGCUAUGUGUUUUCCCGGAUCAAGUUGUCCGGACGUUCGCCAUUGGAUCUGGACCAAACAUGCAACGGUCCGUACACCCUUCUGCAAGUUACUGGAGUUUGCUUCGAUGAGAACAUCCGACUGGCACACCGUGUGCAAAGAUCUCCGACGCAGCCCGCCAACCGUAGACUAUCAGCCUGAGUGGCAGUCAUUUGUGGGCUCCAAGUGACGGUCUCCUCUCCCCCCCCCUCUUCUCUCUUUAACCCACUCGUGACUGCUUUUUCUGCCAUGACCCGGUGUCCAUUUUGUUUUCAGGCGCAUAUACUGGAGGCCGAGUCGAGAAUUGAGCUGGCUCUUCACUACAAGACUCCCUAUCCUCGACUCUCGAACAUACCCCAGUCAACACUGGCAGGCGGCACCUCCGCGAGCCGUGCUUUUAGACGCACCAGGCGUCUCAUUGAUGAGUCUGUACCCGCAUACCUCAAGUCCUACACGCAAACCGAGCCGGAGAAGCCCGUUGCCUCGUCGUCUCCUGGAACUAAGAAGACCGAUCCCACUAGGAAGUAG